UCGCUCCCAUGAGGUUCACCCCGCUUAAUUUUCCUUCGAGCGCGAGCCAGAGCCAAAGAGAGAUCAGAGAGAGAAAUUAAGAGAGAGUACAGACAGGUUAGCCAGAUCGAGUUAGAGAUGGAGACGAUGAUGGCGGCGGUGGCGAUCAAAGAUUCCGCGGUGGUUGUCGGUCUACAGAAGCCGAAUCGGAUUCAGGUCUCCACCAAUAAAAAGCCUGUUUACUUUUACGUAAAUCUCGCCAAGAGGUUUAUGCAGCGCCACAACGAGAUCGAACUUUCUGCCCUCGGCAUGGCCAUCGGCACAGUCGUCACUGUUGCCGAGAUACUCAAGAACAACGGCCUGGCUACUGAGAAGAAAAUCAUGACCUCUACUGUUGGCACCAAGGACGAAGCCAACGGCCGUCUUGUUCGCAAAGCCAAGAUUGAGAUCUUGCUGAGCAAGACGCAGAAUUCGAGUGAUCUUAUCACGGCUGCAAGAACAGAGCGCAGCGCCAACAGCAAUGCGGCGACCGCCAAGGCCGCUAAUAAGGCCGGUGAGGAAGCAAGGGAUGAGGACGGAAGCAGCGAGCAGGAAGCGGAGGAGAUCAGCGAAUGAUCUUUUGUCCAGAACGGGCAUGUUCCAGUGGAAAAAGAACUUCUUUGUCGUCAGUUCUUUGACAUUUCAUUAGCAAAUAGCAACACAGUUGUGCUCAUUUGUUUUUUUCUCUUUUGUUUCAGCUGGAUCCAGCUCUAUCACUUCUACCCUUGAAAUUGUUUUACUUCUGCAUAA